CUUUAUUUUUCAAGUCAUUUAUUUGAUUUGAUUUAAUAUUUAAUAAUAUAUUUGUAUUUAAAGAUAAGUUUUAAUACAAUUUUAUGAUUUCAACAAAAUGUGGACUAAAUUAUCAAAUGAAUUGAAUGAUGUCAUGACUGAAGAAGUGGAUGUCAAACAAUUAAGUGAUGAAUUUGACCGAAAAAGUCGAGAGCUGACAGAUAUAGUCAAAGAUACCAAACGUUUUAAUAAAGAAAAGUUAAAACACGAGACUGAGAUAAAGGCCGUCGAAAUGGCCAUCACUAAGGCUGAGACUAAUAUAUCAAAAGCCGAAGACAAGUGCAGUCGUGUUCAACAAUACAUCGAAAAGAUGACCAAAAAGUCUGAUGAAAACAAAGAAAAUGUUGAAAAUGUUAUGAAUAUCUGGAAUACAGUUGGAUUAAGAAUGGAAAAACACGACAAAGUCUAUACCAUUAAGUUUAAUAAAAUAUCAGACUCUGAACCAAACAAAUGGUUUACAGUUAAGAUGAGUGUCGAUAGCGACCAAAUCAAAGUUGUUGAUUGCGAUCCCGAGGACUCUUUGCAACCCAUGGUUAUUGAGAAGGAGUUUGGAAGCAGAGGUCAUACCAAACCUGAUUUAAGACAUUUUAUUGCUUUUGUUCGCAAUAUCCUUAAAAAUAAAUACUCAAAAUAA